AUGACUAUAUGCAAUAAGAAAGUUCUAUUAUUUGGAGAAGCUAGUGAAUUAGUUGGCUGCAAAGAAAUUACAAUACAAUUUCCUGUAUCGUGUACUAACAAAACAUUGAAAGAUAUUAUUUUUGAACAAUUAGUCAAAUUGGAACCCCUUAAAGAUUCGUUAACAGUUGCAGUAGACUGGGAGUAUACAGAUAUUAAUACAAGUAAUUCUCAAUACUUAAUCAAAAUAUCUAUUGAACCAAUUGAAUAUUCCAAUGUAUUUGAUUUAAUCAGUGAUUCUUCUAUUGGAGCUGUUUCUACAUUUUUCGGGAUUACUAGAAAAUAUGAUAAAGAAAGAACUGUACAAGCAUUGAAAUAUGAAUGUUAUUUGAAAAUGACUUAUUUAGAAAUGGAAAAAAUUAUUAAAAAUUCAUAUAAAUUAUGGCCAUCAAUAGUACAUAUAAUUGUACUUCAUAGAUAUGGAAUUGUUCCUGUAGGAGAAAUCAGUGUAGCAAUAGCUGUCAGUUCACCACAUCGUAAAGAUAGUCUUGAUGCUGUGAAAUAUAUAAUCGAAUCAGUCAAAUCACGAUUACCAAUUUGGAAAAAGGAGAUUUAUGAAGAUGGUACAUCCAAAUGGAAAAGAAAUAAUGAAUGUUUUUGGUUACAAGAAGAGAAAUAA